AACUGUGGGAGGCAGUAGAAGACAGGAGUGCCCGGCGUGCUCUGGUCCAUGGGGUCACGAAGAGUCGGACACGACUAAACAACAACAAUGUUAUGUUAUUUGCCCUGUGUUCAUGGGACUAGGACAGAUUACUUUUUAAAAUAAAACAACCACAUGAAAAUGGUACCUUGUUCUGAUUGAAAAAAAAUUCAAACUGUUGAAGGCAUUUAAAAAUGAAAAAUAACCUCCUCUACUUGAAGAAUUUGGCCUUGCUGGAGGUUUAUCCUCUCAUGAGAAUAUGGGAAUUGUAGUUUAUACCCCACAGAGCUACAGUUCCCAGCACUGUUAGCAAACUACAAUUCCCAUUCUUUUGGGGGGUAUACACUAUAAGUGUAUGGUGUGUACACAGCUAUAGAACUUGUUUGAAUUUAAGGGGUAAAGGUUAGAGGGAGCAUGCAUGAUUAGAGGAGGAAAGGGAGAAGCCAAAGAUCAAGGGUAUGGUUUCAGGAGUAAGAGGCAGUACUAAAGAGACCCAGUUAAUACCAGGGGCUGGCCUAGUAUCUUUUAUUUAGAACCAUAGAAUAGUAGAGUUGGAAAGGACCAUGAGGGUCAUCUAGUCCAACCCCCUGCCUAAUGGGCUCAAAUUCACAACCCUGAGAUUAAGACCAACUGAGCUAUGCCAGCUAAACUUUGCUUUUAUUUAUUUUAUUUGUAACCCAUCUAUUUCUAGCUUACUGUGUUGCACUGUGUUCACUGAGUGACAUUUGCCUUGUGCGUCUUCUGACCCAGACACUCAGAAAGGGGGUCACAGGCCUUUGAGCAACAUAUUUGCUCCACGUUUGGGAGGCACAGCCAGGAAAACAGAGAUCCAUAAAUCUCUGGGGAUCAGCUUGAAUGUCUAUUAAAAAUGAAUUGGGAUAUCUUAAAUAUCAACCACCACAAUCACCCACAGAAGGGGAGAGAGUGAGAUUCAAGGGAAAUUUCAUAUUAGUCAUAAAGAAGUUCCCCGCCUCUGUUUGCAUAUAAGGCUUAAAAUGAUCUCUUAAUGCUAUUUAAUAGCUGUCCCUGGGAAUUCACAGCUCUCUGGCUUCAGUGCUGAUUUUCUUCCUUUGUGCUUUGCACAUGGAGGAACAAGUGGAGAUGGAGGCCAGAAAACUGGAAGAAGCACCUGCCGAGAAGUGUGAGGACAGGAAAAGAAGCAGACAAAUCUGGAUGCAGCUUGGGACCAUGGCUGUACAGCUGGUGGUCUUGCUUGCCUGCCUGAUCUGCAUUGGCUUGUGCUACCUUAGGAGUCCAGACCCACAGGCACAAUGGAUCUACAUCAAGUAUGACUCCAUUGCCUAUAAGAAAGCGAUUGGUAUUAAAAAGAGGGAUGGCACAAUGGAAAUAAAUGUUCUAAACCGCUCCAUCCCAAUCCACUGCGAUGGCCUCUACCUGUUCUCUUUGGAGGGAACCAUCACCCUGCCCAGGGCUCCGCACGAACUGAUCCUCAGGGUCUACUGUCAGCCCCAAGAGCCCCUGCUGGAGGUAAAUUGCAGUGAGGAGAAUACAAAGGUGAAGGAAGUCUUCGUGCAUGAAUUUCGUUCCCAAGAGGCAGUCUACUUGGAGGCACACCCUAACAAUACUGAAAAUAAUGAAGCACUCACGCUGGAUCUGAAUCUGAACCUCAUCAUGUUAACUCCUCGUUCAUAUUGCCGUCCUGAAAAUUAAUAAAAUGACCAGUGAACUCA